UCCAAACCCAAAUUCCAUUCCAACUUCCUAAAAAACAUUUCGAUUCCGUCCAAUAAUACUACUACCCACAAUUAUCCAUUGUCUUCUUCUGCCGCAUGAAGAAGCAAUUCAGUCAAUCACAUCUUUUGUUUUCAGUACACUGACUUCAUCAACACCUUCUUUCUCAUGAAUCAUCAGGUUGAAGACGACUCUUUUUACCAUUCUUUAGGGGAAGAAGCAAGUGAUGUUGACUGUCUGCUUGUAGAACCACGGUCUGACCAAGUUUCUGUGAGUGGCGUAUGGUGUUACGAAGAAGAUAACCGCGCAAAAUGCAUAAAAACUGAAAAUGCUCCCUACAAUUUAGGUGUCCCGGAUUCAAAUCGAAACAUGGAAGGUGUAGAUAUGACAAUUCGUAAUGCAUUUGAUGUUUUGCCACAUGAAGUUGGAGUGAAUAAUCUUCUAACAACAAACGUCUCUCAUUCUGAUGAUUAUCUUUUAGAUAUUGGAUUUGAUCAUGGUGCUUUUAUAGGCUAUGUUUCCAACGAAGGUUUGCACACCAGGAACACUCAGUUUCCGAUGAAGGGUAGUUUCGACGUACAAAAUUCAUUAACCGAAAACAUUUUAGGAAUCGAAUAUCAAAAUUACUUAAUUAGCAACUGUAUAUUCGGAACAUCAACUAAUCCAUCCGAACCAAAAGGACUAGACCGAUUCGAAGACUUUUCAAAUUCUUUCGUUGACCAAGAAAAUAAUAACCAAGAGAUAUUCCUACCUCAAUUUUCACAAAACGAGACGGAAGUAACCCCGUUUUGUAAAGACGGGCCCACAAGCACGAGCUCUGUUGAAGAUCAUGGUGGUGUUGGGGAACUUACGCUCAAAAGAUCGCGUAAGCCUACAAAACGAUACAUUGAUGAGUCAUCAAUGCUGAGUUUAAACAAUUCUAAGAAGAGAAGAGAAGCUUCUUGCGGGUCAAAAGUCAAACCAUCAGGGGUUCGGCGUGUAAAAAGUCAAAGUGAGGUCAAACCUAAAGAAAAAAUGCUGCCGGCUGCAGUUUCUUUUGAUAAAGCUAUUCAAGUGCCAUUUAGUUCUCAUGUACCAACCGAAUGUCGGAAAAACAAUUCACCAGCUAAAGUAAGCAAAAAUGCACUCUGCAUUUCCAGGAAAAGCUUUGAACGGGUUCAGAUUGAAAAGCACAUUGAGAACUAUUCAAGUGAGCCAGAAGAUGAUUCCGAGACGAUGACGAGGUCUGUGACAGGUGGCAAUCAGAGGAAGCAUCAUAGAGUGUGGACUGUUUCGGAAGUAAAGAAGUUGUUAGACGGUGUUGCUCAUUUCGGCGUAGGAAAAUGGACUCAUAUCAAGAAAUCCCUUUUUUCAUCGUCAGCUCAUCGAACACCAGUGGAUUUGAAGGACAAAUGGCGAAAUCUUUUAAAGGCAAGUCAUGCACUAAAAGGGAGUAGAACAGAGGAUGAUCAGAAACGAAGCCAGUCAUGGCGACCUUUGCCAAAGUCGGUCUUGAGUCGUGUGAGAGAAUUGGCGUCGGUUUAUCCGUACCGACAAGAAAGCAGCCCAAAGAGUUCUAAAUCAAAAUUCCAACAUAAUUCAUCUCCUGGUAGAGUCAAAAGCCCUGUUUAAAAGAGCUUGUGUAUAGAAAUGAAUAUUUGACUUUGAUUUGAACAUGUUAUACUUGAUGAGAAAGAUAUUAGUCUGUGAUUUUGAUUACUUGGAAAUAUGAUGCAUAUUAUCAUAUGUUUUUGCGUAGAAGUCGAUUGAUUUUUA